CACUGAGGUGUUGCAGGUUGUUCUCCGGCUCAUUCCAGAAGAGUGCUGGGUGGGUAGAGUAUCAGCUGAUUUGUGGCGAUUCCCCCAACUUGUAGUGUGGAAGUGUCACCGAAGCUGGAUUUGUAUUUUCUCUCGUCCAGACUUUCCCACUACUGAGAGACCGAACAGGAGCCUGAAGGAAGCUGCCAUAUCGCUUGCGGUCGUAUGAACAGGUCACACCCCUGCUCAUUUGUGCAGGAGAUCAGGUAAAGCAAAGGAGGAGGGCAGAUUAAAAGGGACCAGUUCAGCCACACUGACACAUGGGUCAAGUUGAUGCCGAGAGGAGCGUCUCUAUAUUUGUCCUGCAUUGCAUUUGCACAACUUAAGUGGUGAUCCCUAUGGUACAGUGAUGUGGAUAUUGUAAGCCAAACCGAAUUCAGGCCGACCUCAUUCCUCGUGUUCAAUAUGGAGCUGAAGGUGUGGGUGGAUGGAGUGCAACGUGUGGUCUGUGGUGUGUCGGAGCAAACGUCCUGCCAGGAUGUCGUCAUUGCUUUGGCCCAAGCCAUAGGUCAAACUGGACGUUAUGUCCUCAUCCAGACUCUUCGGGACAAGGAGAGGCAACUUCUGCCCCAUGAAAGGCCCCUGGAGUUCCUAUCCAAGAGUGGACAAUAUGCCAAUGAUGUGCAUUUCAUUUUGAGGCGCACAGGACCAAGCUUAGCUGAACGUCCAUCCUCCGAUACAGGCCCUGUGCCCCCAGAGAGGACUUUUGUCAGGUCGAGUUUGCCCCUAAAUACUCGAACAGCUGGCACAGAAGUGACAAAGUCAAAGGAGCCCAAAAAGUCAUUGACAUUUAAUUUGGGGCCUAUAGGUUCCACUGAUAUUUUGUCCAAGCACAGACAGAAGCAAGUGAAUGGCACUCCUGUUAAAGAUGGUUCCUCCCCGAGGCCCCCCAGCAAAGAGGAGAUAUUCAAGAUGGUGUUACGGCAGCAGGAUCAGCUAAAGUCCAUAGAAAUGCAAAAUGUUUCUUUAGGCAAGGAUAUCCAGACGUGGGAAAGAGGCAGAGCUGGGAGGCCCAUGGAUCAAGAUGAAGAUGAAAUAGCUUACUUGGAAAGACUGAUCCAGUGUAAUGAAGCUGAGCUUGGAGAAGAGAUGUUUUGGGAGGAUGAACUGCAAAGGGAAAGGGCAGAGGAACAAGGGAGGCAGGAGAAAAUGAGAAAGCUUAGGGCUACAAUGGAGGAGUACACCGUGAAAAUACAGGAGCUCACUGAGCGGACAGAAGCCCUAGAGCUGGAGAUCCAAAAAGAGACUUCCAAGAGACUUGCGUCAGGGCCCAGUCUUACUGACCUAGAAGAAAUGGUUAUCAAGAUGAGGAAAGAGCUGGAGACUAAGAUUGGGCAAGGACGUCAGCUGGAGAGCAACUUAUCCAACGUGGAAAGGGCUUGUGAGGAGGCCAGGAGAAACCUUCAGGCCAGGAAUCAGGAGCUGGACGAAGUGAAUAAAGACCUCAGGCAGUGUAACCUCCAACAAUUUAUCCUUCAGACAGGAUCAACCGUGACAAGCGCUCAGCUUCGGCCCGAUGAAGAUCCUUCUCUUGCUGAGCCUCACGAUGUACAGUGGCAAAACCAGCAGAGGAACAGAGGUCCCAUGGAUUCUCCUCCACGACCAUCAUCCAAUCAUCUCAUGGGCCACCCCCGGAAUUUGCAGAACCCAAUGGUGUCCGGUUUGAGUCCUGAGGUGCUAUCAUCACGAGAGGCGUCCUGGACUUAAAGAAUAAAGCAGUAUCUAGUGUAACAGAGAAGCCUCCCUCAUUUUACAGAAAUAUGUAAACCAGGAACUAUAAAUAUAUAUAAAUAUAUAUAAAACAUUUGCAGUAAUUACAUUAUAUUAUAAAGGUGUAUAUAUAUUGUUUAUAUUUUUGUAUUAUAAAUAUAUGAAUGAACUUUUAUGUGUAAAGGGAAUAUUCUCCAUGUACUAAAAGCCUUGCCAUGGGAUUUCCCAGGCUCGUACUCUAGUGAAUAAAAGAAAUCGUUUGUGAAGUUUUCCCACUGAGAUGAUCCUGUGAUUCAUCAAUGAACUCCGUGGAAGUGGAGCAGGAAGAACCAAGCAGGCCCUGAAGAAGACCAGUGACUUACAUAUGGGCAUGAAUAACAGGGUAGUGGGUGUUUGUUCAUUUGUGCCCCCCCACCCCCACCCCAACACAAGAAGUUUGGAAAGGGAAAAUUGUUAUGAAUGAUUCUGUUUUUGUUGUUUUUUACCGAUGCAGUGCUUGACCUUUCUGGAGAAUAUUCAAAUAAAUGUAACAUUUUCUUAAA